GCGUUUGCCCCGUUUGCCCUGCUGGUUUGCUGGGUUUGCCUUCCAAUGACGCAAUCAGGGCAGUCAGGGUGGUGAUGAUGAGAUCGAUGGGUGGAGUCGGCAGAUUCAGGUGAUUCAGGUCAACGGGUCAACCAACGAACGGGCGGAAACUGCUUGCGAUGACGUCAAGAAACGUCACAUUUUGGCAUUAUGGCGACGGUACUUUCCAAGCCGGUGUCAAACGUGUUAAAACUUUCAUUGCCUUUUCCUAUUUGAGAAGUGUGCGCUCCGUGUGGCACUUUCUUUCCGGGUUUAAAUUUUUCCCGAACAGCGUCAUGAACUUCGCUUCAUGCGGAGGCGGCGAAUGCGACAGAUCUGACGCUGCACGAAGGUGCACACGUGAAUAACGGUUACUGAUUAAAUUUCACGGAGGUGAAAACCAACGAAGAAAGAAAAUCGGGUGCGGUCAAUCUGGUAUCAGAGUACGCCCACCUUCUUCGCCCCCUUGUUUUCAAGGUGAAUGCGUCGACAAAAAGGCAAAUGACACCACUUGUGGUGUUGCCGAUCUCUGUGAUUGCCGCGACAGGGUGGUUGUAUCUGCUGACCGUCCUCCUCCCGAGCGUAGGAAACGAAGAUCACGCGAGUCGCCUGAAGUUUCCAAGCAGCCACCAAGAUCUCAAAGAGUUGGCUGAGCUGCUUAAUUCUUACAACCAGAACCAUGCUGUCUACGUCAUUGUCCUGUUUUCCUCGGCAUACUUGUACAAGCAAACCUUUGCCAUCCCAGGAUCAGUGUUUCUGAAUGUGUUAGCCGGUGCUCUGUUUGGAAUUUGGAGAAGCUUUCUGUUGACAUGCACGCUGUCAGCAAUGGGAGCCUCGCAGUGCUAUCUCCUGUCCAAGUUUUGCGGUCGCCAAUAUGUCGAGUACUAUUUCCCUGACAAAGUAGCACUUCUGCAAAACAAGGUGAAAGAAAAUAGGAGUCGCCUUCUCUACUGGCUCCUCUUCUUGCGUCUGUUUCCGAUGACACCCAAUUGGUUCCUCAAUAUUGCAUCACCUGUGGUGGGAAUACCCCUGCAUCUCUUCUUUCUGUCGGUCUUUAUUGGUCUGAUGCCAUAUAACUUCAUCUGUGUGCAGACGGGAUCCCUCCUUUCAGAACUGCAGUCUAUGAACGACAUACUCACCUGGAGCACAGCAGCUAAGCUGGCAGCCACAAGACUGCUAGCGGCGAGGAUGGAGAUAUCUGCUUUCUUGAAGGGAAAAGCUACUUGUGCCGAGAGAAUGGACCUAUUCUGCACAGACUCGGGGAAGAGCCGUUUUCUGGGAUCAGUGACGACGAAUAUGUACUAGUGUUCCUUCCCCCCAGCAUUUUUCAUGUGAAAAUAAAUGUGCUUUUUCUGAUUCCGUUCA